AUGAGACCAGUCAUACAUGUCCCAGGGACGAAGUCAAAUCACUGUGAUCCAGAAAACAUGUUCAGUCUUUCACGGAAGCCAUCUAUCCUACAGUUGUCCUCUCCUCGCAAUGUGCUUGCUACAACUCGGCAGUCACCAAUUCAAGAUCCAUUUCUCAAUAUGAGGCAGUUUGGGACAAGCUCUCCCAAGCUUAGACCGAUAUGUCCCUUAAAGCACCUUUGUUCUGGAACCCAAAGUCUCAACUCUUCGAAAUGAAAUUAAAUUUAAUUAAGAUGCCUUGUUUUAAAUAGACCGAGGAUUUUCACCUCUGCAGAUUCGCCAGCCUUAUAAGGAGCUACCGGCUAACAACAAUCUCUUCGCCCUAAAUUGCAUCACCUGACUUGCUCCCGAUCUCAAAGGACUUGGAGGCUGGCAUAACUCCCAGUUUUAUGAUGAGCACCCGCUGUCUUCAGUAUCCUAAUGCAAGUAGGGAUCAUACCUAAUCUCAGGGAUGAUGGCAGACCAUACUCUUUCCAACUCAUGCAAGGAGGAAAAAUCACAUUUUCAAGGUAUGAUAAUCUGCGCACGAGAAAUACGUUUUAAGAUUAUCAUUCCUAUUUCUCAAUUCGGUUCUUGCCUGUAGGUGUUGAGGAAAUUUGCGUCAAGAGGUUGUGUGGUUGCCACUCCAUAUUAAUGCAUAUCCUCAACUCUUCUAAAUCCCAAAGAUGCCUUGGGAUAGAAAAGCAGAGCAAGCCUCUCUCAGUUCCAGAGCUUUCAAACAAAAAAAGAGUGCUGGCAAGAAACAAUUCAGCUUGCGUUUUCCCACCAAUUUCAACAAGAAAUUCAAAACCAAUUAGAGAAAGUAAGAACUUUGCAAAAGAGUUAAAAGACAUACAGUUGAGAAUCCCUAUUCUUAGCCCAUUUUAUAAUUUAUUCAAAAAUCUAAAAAUAAAUAACCGAAAUUUCAUUGUUUUUGAAAAAAAUUAGCUGAAGAGUUAGGGAAGAUUUUUUGACAAAAAGAGAUAAAAGGCACGAAAGAGAAAAAUUUGAUUUUAGAAUGAGCCAAAGAGAAGAACCCACAACACCAUAUUUCAGUGGCAAUUCUCAAGCUUCUUUUCGGAAGCACACUGAUAUUAAUUUUGAGAAUGAAAGCACAGCUUUGCCAGGAAACGACGAAACAGAGUUUAAACUCACUUUCUCUGGCAAGAACAUACAUUAAAUGGCGAGAUGUGUCAGUCUGCUCUCUUCUCACAACAGUUCAGAGACCUCAAGACCACAGUGAACUCGAAUGUACUCUAAGCCGAGAAAUAAUUGCAGCCUCAGCAGAUGUAAAUCCGAGUAGGUUUUGAUGCUUUCCUGUGGUUGGAAAUGAAGGUGCUCAUCAAUUUAUUUCGGGCAAAAUACUCCAACCAAUAUGACUAGCGCCUGUCUUUAAUAAUCCUUAUCCUAAUCCAUUUUCUGGCAAGGCCGUCCGAGAUUAUAAUGUUCUCGAAGCAUGUUCAAGAUUAAACAAUCUAAUAUCUAAAGAACAAGGCAGAAGAGACAGCAAGGAGCUGACCUUUAGGUACAAAAAAUAA